UUGUGUUAUCACAAUUCUGUUUAGUUUGGAAUUGCCUUGAAGAGAAGAACAAGUUAAAGAUCUUCAAAAUGUUUCGGCUUGUUAUCCUUGUCGCUAUUUUAGGAGUCAGUCAGGCAAUAGUUUGCACUCCAUUUUUAUGCGCCGGUGCCAAAUUCGAUACUACACAAUGUAAAGGCUCUGUCAUUAAAAAUGGUGGAUUUUGUGGAUGUACCGACGCCUGUGCCAAGGUAGAAGGUGAAGAUUGUCAAGCUACCGUCUCUAUUUUUCAUGGAAGUCCUCCAAUAGGCAAAUGUGAUGACGGUUUAAAAUGUGUUGCUCCUAAUGGCGGUAAUCCUUUUGGUAGAGGACAGUGUAUUAAAGAUGUACAGAAUAGAUCAGUAAGGACUACUUGUGAACAGAGAAGAAUAUCAGCAAUGAUUAUAAUGGUUGUAUAUAAAGGCCAAUGGACACCCAGGUGUGACGUAAAUGGUAAAUUUACACCUGAACAGUGUGAUAAUACAGGUUCGUGUUUCUGUGUUGACGUAGAAACUGGUAAAAUAACAUCUAAUAAGCGAAUUCAAGGCCAGGUUCAAUGUUGAACAAUAAAACUAAGACGAUUCGAGUUCGAUUUUUCAAC